AUGUUGUCCAAUACAUUAUUAGCUUUAUUAGCCACUUCUGCUUCUGCUUUAGCUGCUACCAACAGUGUUGCCGUCUACUGGGGUCAAAACGGUGCCGGUGGUCAAGACAGAUUGAGCACCUACUGUGCUGAUUCCAACAUUGACGUUGUUAUCUUGUCAUUUUUAAACGACUUCCCUGAUCCAACCAAUGUCAACUUUGCUAACCAAUGUGGCGCUACUUACCCAUCGGGUUUGUUGCACUGUUCUGCCAUUGGUGAAGAUAUCAAGACUUGUCAAGCUUCAGGUAAAAAAGUCUUGUUGUCGCUUGGUGGUGCUGCUGGAACCUAUGGCUUCAACAGUGUUAAUGAUGCUACUGCUUAUGCUGAUACCUUGUGGAACAAAUUCGGUAAUGGUCAAGAUGAAGAAAGACCAUUUGACGAUGCCGUUGUUGAUGGUUUUGACUUUGACAUUGAAUUAGGCUCAGCUACUGGAUACCCAGAAUUAGCCACUGCUUUGAAAUCAAAAUUUGAUUCUUCUAAAAAAUACUACUUGUCUGCUUCCCCACAAUGUGUCUACCCUGAUGCCCAUGUCGGUUCUUUGUUGCAACAAGUUCCAUUGGAUUUCGCUUUUGUUCAAUUCUACAACAACCCAUGUUCAGUUGAUGGUCAAUUUAACUACGACACUUGGGCUGAAUUUGCUUCAUCGUCACCAAACCCAGAUUUGAAAUUGUACGUUGGUGUCCCAGCUACUGGAAACAUUGCUGGUUAUGUUGAUGCUGCUACUUUGGCCAAAACUAUUGCUCAAAUCAAAUGUGAUAAACACUUUGCUGGUGUUUCUCUUUGGGAUGCUUCUGGUGCUUGGAUCAACACCGAUGCUUCUGGCGCUAACUUUGCUGCUCAGGUUAAAAAAGUGUUGAAUGACAACACCUGCCCAGCUCCAUCAUCAUCCUCAUCAUCAAGUACCGUCUCAUCUACUACUACUGGUGCCGGUUCAACUAAAAACACUGUUGACCCAACUAGUGUUGUUUCACAAUCUUCCGGAUACAAAAACACUACUACUACUGCCGACCCAAUUGCUUCUACUGUCACUGACAUCAAGACCACCAUUGUCACUAUCACUUCUUGUGAAGAAAACAAAUGUAGUGAAGUUCCAGUUACUACUGGUGUUUUGACCAUUAGUGAAAUUGACACUGUCUACACCACUUACUGCCCAUUGCCAACUACUACCGGCAAACCAGCCCCAGCUUCAUCAGCUCCAACUUCAGCUGCCCCAGUUGAAUCCUCAAAAGCACCAGCACCAGUUGCACCAGUUGAAUCCUCAAAAGCACCAGCACCAGUUGCACCAGUUGAAUCCUCAUCUGCUCCAGCUAAAACUACCCCAGCUGUUGUUGCCCCAACUGUCCAAACUUCUGCUUCAAAAGUCCUCACUACUGUUGGUACUGGUAGCGAAGUUCAAAUUCAAACCCUCACCAUUGAAUUGACUUCUACUAUUACUCCUCAACAAGCUCCAUCGUCAGUUGCUCCACAAGUCUCUACUUACGAAGGUGCUGCUGCUUCAAACAAUGCUAUGUGGCUUACUGUACCACUUGUUUUCAUUGCUGCCUUAUUGUAA